AUGGUGGGUGGUGUGAAGCAGACUCUUACUCCAAAGGCAAUUAUACAUCAGAAGUUUGGUGCUAAUGCAAGUUACAGAGUUGAGGAAGUUCAUGAUUCUUCUCAGAGUAGUUGUCCAGGAUUGGCUAUACCGCAAAAAGGUCCAUGUCUCUAUCGAUGCCACUUGCAGCUACCGGAUUUUUCUGUUGUGUCAAAUGUCUUUAAGAAGAAAAAGGAUUCCGAACAAUCCGCUGCUGAAUUGGCUCUCGAGAAGCUAGGCAUUCGUCCUCGGGAUGAUAACGAUAUAACUGUGGAGGAAGCGUGGGAUGAUAUCACUGGACGAAUUAAGUAUACUUUUUCUGAUGAGUUUCUUUCAGCUGAACAUCCUCUGGGAGCUCACCUUAGAGCGGCAUUGCAAAGGGAUGGUGAUUGUUGCGGCUCAGUUCCUGUUUCUGUCAUUGCCACAUUCGAUGCAAAGAUUCUCAGUCGUUGUAAAAUCAUUAAUCCUUCUGUGGAAUCGGAUCCUUUCUUGGUCAAUUCAUAUGUCAUGAAGGCUGCUGCAAAAUUGUCAGACUACAUUGUCGUAUCUCCGCAUGUAGCUUCACUCCGAAGGAAAAAUCCAUACCCUCCAGCAAUUAUAGAAGCACUGGCUACUCAUGAAUCGGACUCUCUAGAAAGCGUAGAAGUCAAGGCUGUACAUAUACCAUAUCUGGGUACGGAGAUUGUUGAGCUAGAUGCUCUUGAUAUUUCAUCAGGGUAUUACUUGGAUAUUAUUGCUAAAAGGUUUGGUUUGAAAGAUGGCAACCAAAUGAUGAUAUCGAGGACUCUUGGCAAAGCUUCCUGUGGCUCUGAAUGUAGACUGUACUCUCCUAUUCCUAAGUUUAAGUUCUCAGAUAAUUCAUCGGAACCCUCUGGAAGUUCACAUGAAGAAACUCGGAAUGCACGAGCAAGUUACAUUUGUGGUCAAGAUAUUCACGGGGAUGCAAUCUUGGCAUCUGUUGGUUACAGAUGGAAGACCGACAAUCUUGACUAUGAUGAUGUAACCGUAAAAUCAUUUUACAGGAUAUGUUGCGGUAUGUCACCCAAUGGAAUCUACAAAAUCUCCAGACAAGCAUUACUUGCUGCGCAGUUGCCUUCUUCUUUCACUACAAAGUCUAAUUGGAGAGGUCCACUCCCUAGGGAGAUUCUCUGCAUGUUCUGCCACCAGCACCGACUAGCAGAACCCGUCUUUUCUAUAACUUCUGAUCCUGUGAAAUUGCUGUCUGACAUAUUCAGAUCUCACAAGAAGCUGAAGAUCUCAGGAGUUGAUGAUGCCGAUAAUGAGAAUUCAAGUAGGGAAAAAGAGGAUACAACAGGAUUAGGACAUGGGUUUAGAUGUGGAGUGAAAGUUCUUACGAAGUCCCAGGAUCUGGUUUUAGAUUGUUCACCAAGAAAAUUAUAUGAGAAGGAAAACGAUGCCCUUCAAAAUGCUUCAUUGAAAGCCCUAUUAUGGUUCAGUAAGUUUUUCGAUGAUCUGGAUGUGAGUGGAGAGGAAUUAUCUGAUACAGAUGACGACCAGGACAUUAAGUCUCCAAGUACUCACGUUUUUUCUGCCCCACCGAUUCUCGGAAAAGGAGAUAGCUCAAGGACCACGAACAUGCCACCGAAAGAGAAGCGUGUUCAAUCUAUAACAAACGGUUCUGUGGUUAGCAUUUGCUAUUCUUUGUCUUUGGCAGUGGAUCCUAACUAUUCGAGUGAUGAAAAUUUGAGUGAUGGUGAAUCUCCAAGAGAAGUAAUUGAAAGCAACGAAGAUAUAGAGUCUGAAUACUCAACAGAUCUCAUUGAAAGCAAUGAAGGGAUAGAGUUUGAGGUAGGAACUGGAGCGAUGAAUACACAUAUUGAAUCAGCUGUUACUCAGAUGACUGUGGGUGAAUAUGCUUCUUUUAGUACUACACUGCCUACUGCUGCCGAAGUUUUGAUCUUGGCAUCAGCCACUGAUACCGAGAGAAUCCGCUGGCUCCUAUCAGUACGUUCACAUUUGGAUUACAGUAUACUUUUGUUGGGAGUGAAAGGGCCGACAGAAGAACGAAUGGAAGCAGCUUUUUUCAAACCUCCGCUUUCUAAACAGCGUGUGGAAUAUGCAGUGAAACAUAUAAAAGAAUCAUCCGCUUCUACGUUGGCUGACUUUGGAUGCGGUUCUGGAAGUUUGUUAGACUCUCUACUUGACUAUCCAACUUCACUGCAUACCAUUAUCGGUGUUGACAUCUCACCGAAAGGCCUUGCCCGUGCUGCUAAGAUGCUACACACAAAACUAAACAAGGAGGCUUGCAACGUCAAAUCUGCUACACUCUAUGAUGGUUCCAUCCUCGAGUUUGACUCCAGGCUACACGACAUUGACAUUGGCACUUGCUUAGAGGUCAUUGAACACAUGGAAGAAGAUCAAGCCUGUGAAUGCGGAGAAAAAGUUCUAAGCUUGUUUCGCCCGAAGCUCUUGAUUGUUUCAACACCAAACUACGAGUACAACAGAAUUCUCCAACAGUCUACACCGGCAACCCAAGAAGAAAACCACCCAGAAGACAAACCCGAGUCGCAACUUCCCAAAUUCAGGAAUCAUGACCACAAAUUCGAGUGGACAAGAGAACAGUUCAACCAAUGGGCUUCUAAGCUCGCCGAACGCCAUAACUACAGCGUCGAGUUUAGCGGUGUUGGCGGGUCUGGUGAAGUAGAUCCCGGGUUUGCUUCUCAGAUCGCUGUUUUCAAACGCGAAGCUAAUGUUGUUGAGAAUGUUGCAGAAGGAUCAAUGCAGCCUUAUAAAGUCAUUUGGGAAUGGAAGAAAGGAAAUGGAGACAAAAAAGACUAA